UUCCUAACGAAGUUAUAUCACAAUUACACUCCUCACCUAAAUAAAUCCAAAUUAAAUCACCAACAAAAUCAAAAUUAAAAAAACAAAAAUAAAAAAAAUUACGCAGUUUAUUAGCGGAGAAAGAUAACAAAAGGAAGAAACUUUCAAGUCCCCCCACAAGAGGGUGAGACGAACUACACUUUCUCUCUCCUCUAAAUCCCAAUUUUCUCUCUUCUCGAUCUUCGCUUACUCCCAAUUUUUCUGUUCGUAAUCUAGUUGAUCGAUUUUUUAAUUGAUUAUUAUCUCAAUUUUUUUUUUCUGGUGAUUCAGGGGAAAUUAAAAUGUCGUCAAGUGUGUUUUCGAGGCUUUUUGGUGCGAAAUCGAGGGAGGCAGCUAAUACUGAGAGUACUUUGUCAACGUUGGAGAAAUUAGAUGAGACACUUAAGAUGCUAGAGAAGAAAGAGCAGGUGUUAAUGAAAAGGGCUGCUGCAGAGGUUGAAAAGGCAAAAGAGUUCACAAGAGCAAAGAAUAAACGAGCUGCCAUACAAUGUUUAAAGAGGAAAAGGUUAUAUGAACAGCAAGUAGAGCAGGUUGGAAAUUUUCAACUGCGAAUUCAUGAUCAGAUUAUAAUGCUCGAUUCUGCGAAGGCAACGACAGAGACCGUUGCCGCUUUAAGAUCUGGUGCUAGUGCUAUGAAGGCCAUGCAGAAAGCAACGAACAUUGAUGAUGUAGACAAGACAAUGGAUGAGAUCAAUGAGCAGACCGAUAAUUUGAGACAGAUACAGGAGGCACUAGCUUCACCUAUUGGUGGUGUAGCUGAUUUUGAUGAGGAUGAAUUGGAAGCCGAGCUUGAAGAACUUGAAGGAGCUGAGUUGGAAGAACAACUUCUACAGCCAGCUAUAACUGCCCCUAUGGCACCAGUUCAAGUUCCAGCUGGUAAACCACCAAGACCGACGCCUCAAAAGAACUCUGAGGAAGAUGAUGAACUUGCUGCAUUACAAGCUGAGAUGGCGCUUUGAACACUUCGCGUAUUUUUUAUGUUUAUAAUCACGCUCCAGAAAAGAAAAUGGCUGAAAAAGAAAAAGAUUAAAAUUGGCUUAUUGAUUGAUGGAGGUAUAUUGAAAAUCCCGAGUGUUGAUAGCAUCUUGUUGUCAUGUAUAUGACCUCAUUUUUCUUGCUACCAUUAAUGCAAAUAUUAUUUAUUCCAUUGGUGAGGAAAUGUGGUUUGUAUAAC